CCAUAUAUUGGCGAUAGCAUAUAUGUCCUCCCUUCAUAACAUGGCACUAACUCUUCUCCUUUCUCUCUUGGUGUUUGCAUUGUUUGACAGUUCUUAUGCAGGAGGAAUUGCCAUCUACUGGGGCCAAAACGGAAACGAAGGCACCUUAGCGGAUACUUGUGCGACAGGGAGAUACCAAUUUGUGAACGUAGCUUUCCUCUCCACCUUUGGAAAUGGCCAGACCCCAGCCAUCAAUCUCGCCGGUCACUGCAAUCCAUCUUCCAACGGCUGCACCGGCCUGAGCAGCGAGAUCAAAGCUUGCCAGGGACAGGGCAUCAAAGUGAUGCUCUCCAUCGGAGGCGGCGCGGGGAGCUACUAUCUUGCAUCCUCUGAUGAUGCCAAACAGGUAGCAGACUACCUGUGGAACAACUUCUUAGGCGGGCAGUCUUCGUCGCGCCCGCUCGGCGACGCUGUUCUCGACGGCAUCGACUUCGACAUCGAAGGUGGUACGACCCAGCACUGGGACGAGCUCGCUCGUAACCUCGCGGGGUACGGUGGCCAGAAGGUCUACUUGACGGCGGCGCCGCAGUGCCCCUACCCCGAUGCAUGGAUGGGCAGCGCCCUCAGCACCGGUCUCUUCGACUACGUUUGGGUCCAAUUCUACAACAACCCUCCAUGCCAGUAUAGCUCAGGCGAUGCUUCGAACCUCGUGAAAGCAUGGAACCAGUGGACUUCUUCGUUGCCCAAAGCACAAGUUUUCUUGGGACUUCCGGCGGCUCCUCAGGCCGCCGGGAGUGGCUUCAUUCCUGCCGGCGAUCUCACGUCUCAGGUGCUCCCUGCGAUCAAGGGUUCUAGCAACUAUGGAGGAGUCAUGCUGUGGUCCAAGUAUUAUGAUGAUCUCACUGGUUACAGUUCCAGCAUUAUUAAUGCUGUUUAAAUUGCUCGUUAAUUCUACGAUAUCUAGCUAAUUUGUGUUACCCUCUCUUUCCGCUCUACGUAAAUAAAUAUGAGAGGAUGGUUUUGGACUUUUGGCCUUAAGUAACAGCAUCAUCUAUUAGAAUAAAUGGUUUCUUGAUUA